UGGUAUGUUACAGGCUCCCUGGGGCAGGGCUAUAUAACCCCAGAGGGCUGCACCAGGCUGACUCUACUUCUCUCCAGCCAGAGCCACUGCCUUGCUCCAGGAGACCUCAGACAUGGCACCCAAAAAGGCCAAGAGGAGGGCAGCAGCAGAAGGUGGCAGCUCCAACGUCUUCUCCAUGUUCGACCAGACUCAGAUCCAGGAGUUCAAGGAGGCUUUCACAGUGAUAGACCAGAACCGCGAUGGUAUUAUUGACAAGGAGGAUCUUCGGGACACCUUCGCAGCCAUGGGCCGCCUGAACGUGAAGAACGAGGAGCUGGAAGCCAUGAUGAAGGAAGCCAGUGGUCCCAUCAACUUCACCGUCUUCCUGACCAUGUUCGGGGAGAAGCUCAAAGGUGCCGACCCCGAGGACGUGAUCACCGGAGCUUUCAAGGUCCUGGACCCAGAGGGCAAGGGCACCAUCAAGAAGCAGUUCCUGGAGGAGCUGCUCACCACGCAGUGUGAUCGCUUCACCCCGGAGGAGAUCAAGAACAUGUGGGCAGCCUUCCCCCCGGAUGUGGGCGGCAACGUGGACUACAAGAACAUCUGCUACGUCAUCACGCACGGUGACGCCAAGGACCAGGAGUAGAGGCCCCUCUCGGCCUCUGGCUGCCAACAACCCCAGCUUCCACCCCCGACUCCCAAUAAAAUUCGACUGGUCUUGUUUCUUA